UUACGAACGAAGAUGCCUCGCCUGUUACCGAAUUCAGCACUUGAGAAAUAUGUAUGCCACACAGUCACUGAAGUAUUGAUUAAACUGUUUGAAAAGCCCUCUGUUGAUCAACCGAUUAUGGAUGUGACGCAACACCGUGGCUCAUUUUCAAAACUGAUUCAAAGUCUUGGUGAACUACAGUUUGAACUGACGAAGAAGAAUGCGACAAAAAGUUGGUACCGCGUGGUCGAGUGCGUCAAGCGUCUCAGCAAAUGCGGACAAAUUACAGCGGAAGAUAAUGGAGUUAUGCUACCAGCCAAUGUGUCUAUGCCACCAGUAUCCUCCGCUGCAACCGCUAAGCAGCGCUGGCAGUCAGCCGCUCAUUCGGCUCGUUUUAUCAAUAUCAGUCAAGCAAAUGCACGGUCAAAAGCGCGUUUACUUACAUCACGUUCCAUGCGCACCACCGAAAGUUUCAGUGAUGUGGUUUCCUGUUACCAGGCAAUGGUUAUCGAGUUCAAGGUAUUCGCACUGCCGCUACAAGCGGCUGAAACAUCGGUGCUUGUGGACGUGUUGCAUGCUCCAGAAAGGCUUUUUACUGUUGGGUCGGAUUUAUUCGAAAAAUGCGAAAAUGGUGGUGUUAUUGCAAAAUUGAUCCAACAUUGCAAAUCGCUGUUGCAACACGAGCAGGAAACUCUCUGUGUGAGGGUGCUCCAGACACUUUGUCGAAUGGCAUCAAGCGCAAAAUAUAACUUUAUCAGUCAGGUGCGUUAUUUUCUUUACACCCUAGAAAAUAUAGUGCCAUAUUCCGGAAGUGGUGGAAGGGAGCAGGGGAAGGACGGGGAGGUGGUAGAGCUCAUUGAGUAG